AGAAAAACAUCCACUCAUUUCAUAAGCAAAAUCUGGAAUCUUGAAAUGCUAAAUGCUAAACCCUUCUCAAAGAAAACUUAAAGACAUGUCACCUCAUAGAGUUCUCAACAUUGCAAACUCCUCCAUCACUUGCAUGUCCUUAUUCUAUCUAUUAUUGAUUUGAGAUCGGUCGGAUCAUAUUACAUUUUCAAUAAAUCAUCUUCAAAUAUUUGUAACGUUGAUUUGAGAUCAGACAGAACAUAUAUAUACUUACGCUUUGAACAAAUCAUCUUCAGAUAUAACGGACGGUUGAGAUCAGUAACUGUAUCAUGUAUUUACGGCGCGGAAUCCAAAUCUCUUAUCCCUUAUUAUAUAAAGGAUUGAAAUCCACUUCAACAGGUCAUCAAAACCUCAUACCAACAUCUUUCAACUCUAAGCUUACUCUUUUUCAUUCUCAAUCCAUAAUGGGUAUGGUAUUUGGCAAAAUUGGUGUUGAGACACCAAAAUAUGAAGUGAUAAAAACCACAGAAGAAUAUGAAAUCAGAAAAUAUGCACCUUCUGUUGCAGCUGAAGUUACCUAUGAUCCAUCACAGUUCAAAGGAAACAAAGAUGGUGGCUUUAUGGUUUUAGCAAACUAUAUUGGAGCUUUAGGGAACCCUCAAAACACAAAACCUGAAAAGAUUGCUAUGACUGCACCAGUUAUCACAAAGGAUGCUGGAGAAAAGAUAGCUAUGACAGCACCAGUAGUGACCAAAAGUGGCGGCAGCGAAGACGAGAAGAAGAAUAAGAUGGUGACUAUGCAGUUUAUUUUGCCAGCUACUUAUGCAAAAGCUGAGGAAGCACCUAAGCCAACGGAUGAGAGGGUUGUGAUAAGAGAAGAAGGUGAGAGGAAAUAUGGUGUGGUGAAGUUUGGAGGUGUGGCAAGUGAUGAAGUUGUGAAGGAGAAGGUGGAGAAGUUGAGAUUGAGUUUGGAGAAAGAUGGUUUUAAGGUUGUUGGGGAUUUCUUGUUGGGUAGGUAUAAUCCACCUUGGACAAUUCCGAUGUUUAGGACUAAUGAAGUUAUGAUUCCUGUUGAAUGAACAUGAUAGAUGUUAUCAUGACAUAGAUUUCAGUACUUUAUGUUUGUAUCCUGUUAUUUUGUAUGUUGUUGAUGUUGAGAACUUGGAAUAUGUGUAGUGAUGAAAACUGAUGUUUUAUUCAAUUUUCACACAAUAAAAUGCCAAUUGAAUGUUCA